CUCGUGAAGAUGUUAAUAACCAUUUAAGGAUUUUUAACUGUUUAAUCUUUUCAAGAUAUCAAUCCAGAGAAAUGUCAGUCCUGAGAUAUAUUUGCCCAGUCGUAAAACAUCACGCGCCGCGAGUAGGAACAAACAAGUUUCACUCGCUGUCUCGGUGUUAGUUUCAGAAGUACUCAGAAGUUGGACUACUGCACCAAAAACAAACAAACAAAGAAUUCUAUUCAACUCCAAACAAGCAAGCAAACAAAGAAGCAAAUUCUAUCAAGAAUAUGAAACAAACACCCAGUACCGCCCUGAUCAGCUUACUUCCCUUUGAUAUUGCCAUCAAAAUCGUCUUAUCUCUUGAGGUAUUAGAUGUCUGUGCAUUGGGUAGUUGCUCUCGUUUAUGGAGGGAGCUCUGUAGGUCUGAUUGCUUAUGGGAGUCUCUUACCAAACAAAGAUGGCCUUCAGUUUCACUUCCUUUUCUUUGCAAUUCUUCCUCUUCUACUACUGAUCCUCUCGUAAAGGGAUGGAGGGAGAUUUAUGUAAGGUUGCAUGAAGAGAUGGCUGGUAAAGCCACUGCUCUAGUUGAGUUUGUGGAGCAUUCUUCUCCAUAUGACUCCCUUGAAGUUGGAGAGUAUUAUAAAGCACUUCAAGAUUUGUACUCCAUGCAGCUUGCAUUUACAGAUGUUCAAAUGUUUCUUUUCAAACCCAGACUAAAUGUGCUGCUUAAUUUGGUUGGCUUGCACUAUUGCAUUUUUGGACUUAAAGUGCCAGCUGAGCAUGUUAUGGAUGCGCUUCUGAGUUGCAAAGUUUCAGAGCGGCAAGUGUGUGUAAAAUGGUGGAAGAUUGGCAGAUGGUUUUUUGGGUUCCACAUGACGGAAGAGCCUCAUUCUCGCACGGUAUCUCUGGCAGAUCUUACAACAGAAAAAGGAGAGGAGAUUCUCAAAGUUCUUCACCGAGGUGCCAUUCAUGAGGUCUUACGUAUUGAGAUCUCCAUUUCUAAUGCAGCAACUACUCCAGGGUCUUGUCAGAGCUGAUAAAGACAGGAUCAGGAAUGCAGCUAUGGUAGACAUAAUGUUUUGUCUCCUUAAUUUGUAUCUUUCAAUUUCCGAUGAACAGUAGGUACUGUGGGUGCUUUCCCUGUAGUGGCAUUCCCUAGCCACCAUGCAUUGAAUUUCUAUUACUACCUAAUGUGAAAGAACUAACUACAGAAUGCAGCAACGAGCUUCUCAUGGCCAGAUGUUUGUGUCUUCGUAACUGAUGAUAUCAUGUCAGUUACAUACUUGUUUCCUUUGGCCUUUGCUCUUUGUAAAGUGAGGGGAUUGAAGCUGAAUCCUUGUAGAAUUGUCAAACUUGUACAUCUCUGUAUUAUACGGUCUCUGUAAUUAUUCAGAUUGUUUUCCUCAAGUCAUGGUGUUUCAAUAAAAGUGUUUAUACAAACAUUUGAUAUA